AAUCGCAGGCAGCCUACGGCUCGGACCACACUACGGCUUGGGAGAUGAUCUUGCUGUUUUUCAUCUUUGUUCUAUUCUGUGACGUGCCCUUACUUACAGUAAAUACUUAUUUGAUGAAAUAAGUCCUCCUCACUACCGCAUUCGCAUCUAGUUCAAGACAAUGGACAAGGUUGUAAAGGCAGCUACGAACCAUCAGCACUUUUAUUAAGGGUGUCUUGCGAAUGGACAAGGGUGUAAAGGCAGCUACGGACCAUCAGCACUUUUAUGAAGGGUAGGUUAGAGGUGUUUCUGUUACCGUUUGCUUUGUCUCUCCUAAGGGAAAAAGGCAGAGCAAACGGUGUAAACGAACACCAAAAGCCUACCUCUAAUAUAGGGCCAUCGAUCAUCCGACGCCCACAAGAACAACUGCGAGCUCUUGUAGAACUUCUUCUCUCAAGAACUCCCGCAGCAAAAGUAAUCGCAGAGUCUACAACCUUACAAGUACCUACUCCUGCGGUGCGUCAUCAUCUCCUCCAGAAGAGAACAAGGUCAAGUAACGGUAAAAGAUGUCUUGGCGUCGUGAGGUGAACGAGAAAGAGGAGGCCGAAAAGGCCUUCCUCAAGUUGGCGAAGAAGUUGUUUGAGAUUCGCAAGAUCGAAAACCAACCAAGGAUAGAAACUAACCAACAAGCAAAGGUGGACACUAAGGGAGACUUGCUGGGACAGGUCGCAGACCUCAAGCUGGACAAGGCCUUCUGGGAGCAGCACAAAGAUGUAUUUCUACUUACAUAGAGACUAGCCAACUACUGAGUAGUACAUCUAGCCAACUACUGAGUAGUACAUACUACUGAGCAGUAGUACAUCAAUGGGAGUUGGCUUAUCGUAUCCCUCCCCCAAUGUUACCCUGCUCCUGUCCAACACUAAAAUAUACUUCUUCUACAACAGAUCUACUAGAUCUCCUCAAUAGUACUAAGUAUUCGAUUCAUAACAGAUCAUGAUCAUCUAGCUACUCGAAUAAAAAACUUAGCAAAAUCUACUUCUACAACAGAUCUAUUCAAUGCUUACGCCGGACCUGGUAAAGAGAGUGGAGGAUAGACAGAAAGCUAUCGAAGACGAGGCGAAGAGAAAAGAGGCGGAAAAGGAAGUGAGAAAAGCGCAACAGAGAAAAGAAGAGUCGGAAAGCCCCUUUAACAGAAAUAAACGAGAAGACGACUCUGCUACGCAUAGGAAACAACCGGUAUCACUGUUAAGCGGCUCUAGAACUAGAUCUCACAUAAGAACUUCUAGAUGACUUAGAAGGAAUGUAUCAAGUUACAACGGGUGCUUCGAAUUGAAUUUGAAAUUGUCCUAGCAGGGAACGAAUUAUGAGGCUCCUUCUUCAACAGUUUUAUUUUUGUAUCGUGGUCCGUCGAAAAAGAAAGGACUUACUCAAUCAUCUUUGUUCAUCUGUCUACUCUACCAGGACUUGAAUUUCGUGUGCCGCCAUGAGCGUCCGGUGACCGAUCUCUGCUUUGACGAUUCUACCGGGUUUCUUUACUCCUCUUCCAAAGACAAAGCUGUCGUUAGGUGGAACGUUUCCGGAGAUAAAAUCUUCUCGCAGACAACUCUCUGCGGCCACGAGGGUGCAGUAUGGUGUAUCUCUCUGCAUAAAUUAUGGCUUCUUUUUCAACACUAUAAUCUUCCCAUUAUGUGGACUAUGCUCCUGAGUUGUCUCCGCCCUUGGGUUCAAGGGGGAAACAGGGGAACUCCAACUCACUCGUUAACCACGAAUAGGGAAAAGGUAGCGCUAAAUUAAGGCGAACUCAUUAGUGGUGGUGCAGACGGGCUUUUGUGCUUCUGGGAUACGAAUCCGAAUGCUGGAAAACCAAACCUAGGAAAUGCUGGACCGAAAGAAAAGGUAAGUAGCUAUUAUGUGUGGAGGUUGAAGAUCCAACAACAAGCUAGACUAGCGGGUAGAACUCGUCUGGGAAAUCUUAGGCAACUCGCCGAAUAGAUUCAGACCGUCAUGUGUGGAGGUUGAAGAUCGAGCACUAGUAAAACCCCUAGUACAGCUUCUACAUGAAUCUAUACUUCUUUAUUUAUGGAUUGCUAGACUUCAAUGACAACGUACUACCUCUUGCGGCCACCAAAGUCAGACCACGAGUUUUUAUGUUAGUCCAAUUUAUCCCCUGGAGUGGGUACAUUCAUUCAUUCACUCACUCACUCAAGAUCAAGUCUUCUUCUAUAUCUCAAGCUCAACAAACUCCGAAUCAUUUGCAGAUCCAGCUUCCCGCACGCGUGCAUGCAUAUGGCGGCAUCAUUAAGGGUCUGCGAGCAUCCGACUCGGGAAUCUGCUUGUAUACAGAUAGAUUUGGCGCGAAAAAUCCAGCACAUAUUGCGUGCUUAGAUCGCAACGACCCGAGCAUUGUCCUCUGGAAGGUCAUGGACUUCGGGGCUAAGAUCAACAUGCUAUUGUGGGGACCUGUGGGAAACCCUAAGGUAUGAUUUUUAGAGGACAUUUUUGAGCUGCUAGUGUAUCUUACUCGUGAAGUAGAUGACGAGUUCGAGUAGUGCAUCUUCUUAUAAAAAAAAGAUCAAGAUGUAGUUGUCAAGAAGAAGAAGAAGAAGACUCCAAUCUUUAUGUUGCAUUAUCGAGAACAACCACAACAAUCACAUCAUUUUGUUUUUUGGAAAUACUAAUACUUAGUAAAAAUACUUCCUGCUCAACUUCCUUCAACAAGGUUUUCGUCGCCCACGACGACGGUUGUUUAUCGAUUUGGUCUGGCGUGGCUGGUGAGGCUGGAAAUGAUGACGGUACUCCUCAGGGCAAACUAAUGAAGAAGAUGCAACUCCACGAAAAAGCGAUCAUUUCCAUGAACACGCACAAGAAUUUUCUCCUCACAGCAAGUAGUGACAUGACCGUCAAGGCGAUCAAUAGUGGCCAGAAGGAGCUUCCUGUCGUGUUUCACGCCAAGGCGAAUCGACCUUUGCGCGCAGUAGCAGCUUGGGACUUUCCUGAAGACCGUUGCUUCGCCUUCGUGUAUGGCGGUGGCCGCGACCCCAAGGACGUCACGACGAGCUACCUCUUGCCAGACGAGUUUGACUUCUACCAGUCUUGGUUUGGGGAAGCGAAUUCCACGAUUAUGACCCGACACGGAGCCGCGGGACCUCUGCAUCGACUAAUUUGGGUCAACGAAAUCUCUAAAAUCUUCUGCGCUAGUGAGGAUGGCGAAGUGAAAAUGUGGGACGCGGAAACACUACAACAGUAUCGAGGAUGAACGUUGAAGUGCUGGAAUAUGUCCACACACUCGAGCAUCUUCAAGCAGGACACCACUACGCAGCUUCAGCUACAACUCGCAUUCACUGCAUGUUGGAAUCAUGUACUUCCGCAGCUUCGGUGCUACGACUCGCCCUCGCAUCUACUGCAUGCCGUAAUGCAGGCAUGAAUUCUCCCUUUAUUACCUAACAGGCAUAUGAUCAUAUCACAGUGAUUUUGGGGGACCACUUUCACUCUAGUAUGAGAUCGCUGAAAUAAGACUUCUAUAGACGCUGAAACGCUCAAUUUGCAUGUGUCUUUCUCACCUCCACAAGCGAGGUCUAUUUGUCUGCUCGUCGAACCUUCACCAGUUGUACUAAAAAAAACUGUACAAAACGUAAAACCAGAUCAAAACUAGUGCUGCG